GUAUAAAGCCAUGCUCUGCUUAUCUCCCCAGGGCAUGUUUGUUCUCGGGUUACCCUACGCCAUUCUCCACGGAGGAUAUCUCGGACUGUUCCUCAUUAUAUUCGCCGCGGUCGUGUGCUGCUACACGGGGAAAAUCCUCAUCGCUUGCCUCUACGAAGAAAACGAAGAUGGCCAGUUGGUACGAGUGAGAGACUCGUAUGUGGAUAUUGCCAAUGCGUGCUGCGCGCCGCGCUUCCCCUCACUGGGAGGCCACGUCGUCAACGUAGCCCAGAUCAUUGAGUUGGUGAUGACCUGCAUUUUAUACGUCGUGGUGAGCGGAAACCUGAUGUACAACAGCUUCCCCAACCUCCCCGUGUCCCAGAGGUCUUGGGCCAUCAUCGCCACCGCCGCUCUUCUGCCUUGCGCCUUCCUCAAGAACCUCAAAGCCGUGUCCAAGUUCAGCUUGCUCUGCACCAUCGCGCACUUCAUCAUCAACGUCCUAGUGAUCGCAUACUGUCUGUCCAGGGCGCGAGACUGGGCCUGGGACAAGGUGAAGUUCUACAUCGAUGUCAAGAAGUUCCCCAUCUCCAUCGGCAUCAUCGUCUUCAGCUACACCUCGCAGAUCUUCCUGCCAUCGCUGGAGGGGAACAUGCAGAAGCCCAGCGAGUUCCACUGCAUGAUGAACUGGACUCACAUCGCUGCCUGCAUCCUCAAAGGCCUGUUCGCCUUGGUGGCUUAUCUGACGUGGGCCGACGAGACCAAGGAGGUGAUCACCGACAACCUACCAUCCAGCAUCAGAGCCAUUGUUAACAUCUUCUUGGUGUCCAAGGCGCUGCUUUCGUACCCGCUGCCGUUCUUCGCCGCCGUGGACGUCCUGGAAAAGUCUUUCUUCCAAGAAGGAGGGCGUGCGUUUUUCCCGGAUUGCUACGGGGGCGACGGGCGUCUCAAAUCGUGGGGGCUUUCGCUCCGCUGUGCACUAGUGGUGUUCACUAUGCUCAUGGCUAUCUAUGUGCCGCACUUCGCGCUCCUCAUGGGUCUGACGGGAAGCCUGACGGGCGCGGGUCUGUGCUUUCUCCUCCCCAGCUUAUUUCAUCUCAAGUUGUUGUGGAGAAAGCUCUUGUGGCAUCAGGUCUUCUUCGACGUCGCCAUAUUCGUGAUCGGGGGUAUAUGCAGCAUCUCUGGCUUCAUCCAUUCCGUCGAGGGCCUCAUCGAGGCGUACAAAUACAACCUGCACGAUUAGUCUGGAACCUGAUGAGCGGCGGUAGUUUGGUGAUAAGUGUUACGCAUCCCACAUAUUGAUAACCAAACCGAUAAGUUCC